AUGGAGAGCUACAAGAAUAUAGGGAGCAAGGACAGCACCAGGAAUACAGGGAGGAUAAAUAGCGACAGGAAUACAGGGAGGAUUGAGAGCUACAAGAAUACAGGGAGCAAGGACAGUACCAGGUAUACAUGGAGGAUGAAGAGCGACAGGAAUACAGGGAGGAUGGAGAGCGACAAGAAUCCGGGGAGGAUGGAGAGCUACAAGAAUACAGGGAGAAUUGAGAGCACCAGGAAUACAGGGAGGGUGGAGAGCUACAAGAAUACAGGGAGGGUGGAGAGCGACAAGAAUACAGGGAGGAUUGGGAGCACCAGGAAUACAGGGUGGAUGGAGAGCGACAAAAAUAUAGGGAGCAAGGACAGCACCAGGAAUACAGGGAGGAUAAAUAGCGACAGGAAUACAGGGAGGAUGGAGAGCGAAAAGAAUAUAGGAAACAAGGACAGCAAAAGGAAUACAGGGAGAAUGGCGAGCUACAAGAAUACAGGGAGCAAGGACAGCACCAUGAAUACAGGGAGGGUGGAGAGCGAAAAGAAUAUAGGAAACAAGGACAGCACCAUGAAUACAGGGAGAAUGGCGAGCUACAAGAAUACAGGGAGCAAGGACAGCACCAUGAAUACAGGGAGGGUGGAGAGCGAAAAGAAUAUAGGAAACAAGGACAGCACCAGGAAUACAGGGAGGAUAAAUAGCGACAGGAAUACAGGGAGGGUGGAGAGCUACAAGAAUACAGGGAGCAAGGACAGCACCAGGAAUACAGGGAGGGUUGAUAGCUACAAGAAUACAGGGAGGGCGGAGAGCUACACGAAUACAGGGAGCAAGGACAGCACCAGGAAUACAGGGAGGAUAAAUAGCGACAGGAAUACAGGGAGGAUGGAGAGCGACAAAAAUACAGGGAGCAAGGACAGCACCAGGAAUACAGGGAGGGUGGAUAGCUACAAGAAUAUAGAGAGUAAGGAGAAAGAACGGAGAAAGCAUGGGAAAGAAAGACAAAGAUCGGUUUCCCUGCCGCACUCUACAGCCAAUGAUAUCUGA